AAAAUUUAUCUAUAAAUAUGAACAUGUUGGUUUCUCUAUCGUAACACAUUUACUAUCUACGAACGAAUUUAGAAGCUUUGUUUUCUUUCCUUUCGUUUGCUACUACUGCAACAUUUCUAUUUUUCUGAUAAAACCAUGAUAAAUUGUGGAGAUGUUUACAAGGUAAUCGAAGCAAUGGUUCCACUCUAUGUAGCCUUAAUCUUAGGCUAUGGCUCUGUGAAAUGGUGGCACAUCUUCACGCGUGAUCAAUGUGAUGCUAUAAACCGUCUCGUUUGCUAUUUCACCCUGCCGCUCUUCACCAUUGAGUUCACGGCCCAUGUCGACCCGUUCAACAUGAAUUACCGGUUCAUCGCGGCCGAUGUCCUCUCUAAGGUCAUCAUAGUCACGGUCUUAGCGUUGUGGGCCAAAUAUAGCAACAAAGGAAGCUAUUGUUGGUCCAUUACUAGUUUCUCUCUAUGCACUCUUACUAACUCUCUUGUCGUUGGUGUGCCAUUGGCUAAGGCAAUGUACGGACAACAGGCUGUUGAUCUGGUGGUUCAAUCCUCGGUAUUUCAAGCCAUCGUGUGGCUCACACUCUUGUUGUUUGUCUUAGAGUUUAGAAAAGCCGGAUUUAGUAGUAAUAAUAUCAGCGACGUACAAGUAGACAACAUCAAUAUCGAAAGUGGAAAAAGAGAAACUGUGGUUGUGGGAGAGAAGUCGUUCCUUGAGGUCAUGUCCCUCGUUUGGUUGAAGCUUGCAACGAAUCCAAAUUGCUAUUCUUGCAUCCUUGGGAUCGCAUGGGCUUUUAUUUCUAACAGAUGGCAUCUGGAGCUGCCGGGCAUAUUAGAGGGUUCGAUUCUUAUAAUGUCAAAAGCAGGAACAGGAACGGCCAUGUUCAAUAUGGGAAUAUUCAUGGCACUUCAAGAAAAGUUGAUAGUAUGUGGAACAAGCUUGACUGUGAUGGGAAUGGUAUUGAAGUUUAUUGCCGGACCGGCGGCCAUGGCCAUCGGCUCUAUUGUCCUUGGCCUCCACGGUGAUGUCCUCCGCGUAGCCAUCAUUCAGGCUGCUUUGCCACAAUCGAUUACUUCGUUCAUUUUUGCUAAGGAAUAUGGAUUACAUGCAGAUGUUCUAAGCACAGCGUAAGUCCAAAUUUUAAAAAUUCAGUCUAUUUAAGAAGAAAAUGGUAAUAUGAAAUUAAAUUAAAAUUUUGAUAAAUGUAGGGUGAUAUUUGGGAUGUUGGUCUCUCUACCUGUGCUCGUCGCCUACUACGCAGCUCUGGAGUUUAUUCAUUGAUUAAACUAAUAAAUUCGAUUAUAUCAUCAAUAUUACCCUUUGUUCAUCUUUCACAAGUUUUUUUUUUUGUUAUCUCUUUUACACUUUCCUCCUAAAGGAGAUUUUGAAGUAUAUUCGAGAUAUGAAAACCAUUAACUGAAUGAAUUAACCUAGUUUAUGCUUAAUUUUAUA